AUGUUAUUACAGAGUUAUGCAUUAUCCAACAAAAUAUUGAAAAGACAUGAAAUUUCAAGCCUUUCAAAUACUGCCAAAUUUAAUGAAGUUGAAGGUAGCGGUAUUCCACCACUAUUGUCCGAUAGGCAAAAAACUGGAGGUGCAAGUGUGGAUGUAGAAUGGGAUGGAUCAGGUAUCAGUCCGGAUGAUGAGGAUGGCGAUGUUGUGGAAGGUUCCGGAGCUCAGAUUGAUGAAGAUGACUCGGAUGAAAAUCUACGAGUAACUACUAGUGCUACAUCAAUUUAUUCAUUAAAUACCACUCUAACAACUGCGCAAUAUUCUUCGUUUGACAUUCAUGAACUGGAAGUUGAAUCAGAUGAAGAGGAUGUAGCAAUUGAAGAGAUACCAGCAACCACUGUAACAGUACAGUCUAGGAUGACAACAACCAAAAGGCCAUCAUUACAACCAUUAACGCCAUUAAUCACCAAACAAACAGCGCCACCAACUGUAUUCGAUGACAAACAGAACAUUCCAUUUGAUGCUUUGCUCAAACCUGGUGUCCUAGCUGCAUUAAUUGGUGGUAUUGUUGUUGGUAUUUUGGCAACAAUUUUAUUGGUAAUGUUUGUUGUUUAUCGGAUGCGAAAGAAGGAUGAAGGUAGCUAUGCAUUGGAUGAACCAAAACAACCACCGCAAUAUUCAUAUGCUUAUCAAAAAGCACCAACAAAAGAAUUUUAUGCCUAA